UACAUUGGCGUAACAUAGCAUUUGAUAUCGUGUUGCGCGUUUCGUAGCUGAUUCGUUGUUAUUAUCAAUUUUUUUGUUUUUGUUUAUAGUGCCGUUAAAAACGUAACAAGCAGGCAGGAAACAGUGACGCGCAAGCCCAAAUAAUAAAUCAAAACAGCAGCGGCAGCAGCAGCGGCAGCGGCCGGAAAAACAAGUUGGCUCAGUGCCCCGUUGCCAUAUUGACAUAUUCUCGCUGCGCAUUCAGUGGUAAAGUGCAGGUGCGCAGUUUGUAACGGCGCCCAUGCGCGGACAGCUGAUCGAUAAAAAUCGAUUGAAACUAACCUAACCUAACGGCAAUUCAGUUUCAAAUAAUAAAUAAAACCAUAUCACCAUCAGCUGCAUCACUAAAAACAAAAAAAAAAAAAAAACAGAGAACACAAAUUGCAGCAGGCUGCGAUAUAAACAAUAAAAAUAUAUAUAUAUAUAUAUAAACGUAACAAAAAUAUGUUUCAAAUUCCACGACCAUCGCGGGUAACGCUGCAAGGCGCUGCCAUAGCGCUCGGCAUGGUGAUGUUAAUGUCCUGUGUACGUCCUCUGGGUGUGCUGUUCCUGGGCCUAUUCAGCUACUGGUUGUAUUGGACACGGUGCAGUUUUCGUGUUGUACUCACACCGCAGCUGCGCGAAAAGCUCGAAUCGUGGUUGCAUCGCAUCGAGGAUUGGCGUCGCAAUUCGCCCAGCAUGUUCUGUUUGGUUAGCAGCGGCAGCCUGGCCACCCUUGCCGUGCUGGGCCAUCUAAUAUCGGGCUCCACGCUGGUGCUGGCACUGUUGGUGAUCUCUGCACUCGUAUCCACCAAAUACAAUUUCAAGUUGCUGCAAAUCGAACACAAAGAUUUUCAAUGGUCGGAGAAGAUCAACUACAACAAUGCCGAGGCCGAGCUAGAUGAUGAAUUUAUGCCGGAUGUUAACGAAUCGAAUCUAUUUGUGUUGGAACGGGCCAGCGAUGUGGCCACCAUCAGUUCACCCACCGACGCCGAUGGCGUUGGCGAAGGGGAUGAUGAUGAGUGCAGCGACGAUAUACCCUCCGAGCUGCUUAUACCCGAUUCCAUACCCGAAAUCGAUGAGCAUUCAACGGACGAGGACGAUGAGUUGGUGCCGCUUUCGCAGCCCAAGCAAAGUGCGGCGGAAUCAAACGCUGCUCCACAACAACAACAACAACAAUACGAGCAGAGCAGGCCAGCCGAGGGCGAACAGUCAACUGCGGAGAAGUCAAUGGACUUUCGCAGAGGGCACUUUAAGCGUGACUCCUCGUUGUCAACCACCUCAUCAUCAUCCGAGGAAAGCCUAUCGAAGGGCCUGCAAUUUCCCGACCACACCAGCGUCGAUGCCGGCGGCUCCAAUCCACUGCGACAGCUAACUGAAGCGCCCAGUGAUCCCGCUGCCAGCAACAGCUCUCUAAUGGCGCUGGCCGUUAAAACGCAGGCGCAGGCACUCCUGCCCAGCCUCAUGACCAAUCUGGUUAAAUGGGGCGCCAACCAGGUGGACAGCACCGAUAAUGCGGCGGCGCUGGCCAAAUAUCAGCGACGCCAAGUGACCGCGCUGGACUCAUCCGAUGAGAGCGACUUUGAGAUACUCGAAACGGAUGACUUUAAGUAAACUACUAUACGGCAGCGUAUUACCAACUAAUAUCUUAAAUAUACAUAUACAUAUAUCUAUAU